GCGAACAGCUGUUUUGUAGCUGGAAACGAGAUUUUUGACUCGUAAAAACUAACAAUUUGUGUAUUUGUUUGGAUUUAACACCAUUGCUGCAUAUUGGAAGCAACGGGCAGCCCAACAGCAACUACAACACCAUGGUCAUAACAAGCAAUACAACGCUGCCCGAGGAGUCGGAGCUGAAUGUACAGGAGUUGAAUUUAUCGUCGGCUGCUUUGAGAGCUGGAGCUUUCCACCUGGGAAAGCAAUGCGAAAACCCCAAUAAUGAGUUUAUGUUGUGCCGUCAGGAGCUGGACGAUCCACGUGCCUGCUUGUCCGAGGGACGUGCUGUGACUGGCUGUGCCAUGGACUUCUUUCGCAAGGUGAAGAAGAGCUGCCAUGAGGAAUUCAUGCAGUACGCCACUUGCCUGGACAAGAGCAGUGGAACCAUGGCCUUCAGCCACUGCCGCAAGACUCAAGGUGUCUUUGACAAGUGCAUGAAGGAUAACUUUGACUGGGAUCGUCCAUCUUAUGGCUACUUCUCGCGUGCCAAGGUCAUUAAAACAGCACGCGAGGCGCCAAAGAAAGAGGAGAUUACAUCGUAUCCAGAUGCUACGCCCGGUUUGCCAGCAGAUUAUCCAACGCCACCAGCCAAGUAUGGUUCACGUUUCUUCUGGCUGGAAUAGACCCGGCUGCUUAGUGUAAUUGAAGUGGCUUUUGGCCCUACUUGUAAUUUACAAAAUGCAUAAAAUCUUGUUUCCAUUAGUAA